GCCGCUUCUCGUCGUUUUGCUGUUCGCGCGUCUGUGGAGUCUAGAUUGCGGCCAGGCAACAACCCUCGGCCUGUGGAUUUCCCGCCGGAGGAAGCUUUGCGGAGGAGCUGCCUCCGGGAGGAGCUCUUCCAGCUGCGAGGGUUUGGUGCGAGGAGCAGACCUCGUGUUUCGCGUGUGGUUGGUUAGUUUUCGUGCAGUGGGGAGAGAGCAAAAGUUUGGGCGCUUUUUUGGGUGUCUGUCUACUGUCAAGUCUUGCAGCACAAGCCCUCAAGGGAGACACGCCUUCGGAGAGGGAUUAAUUGCCAAUCCCCAAAGGUUGCGGAUUUCUCCUUCCCAGCAAGACAACUCUGCUCUGCCUUCGCCGCAAAUUCUUCCAAUUCCCCGGGUUUGCAACCACUGCUCCGGCUAUUUAAGCUGCAUUUGCAUCCGAGGGAUCCAGCAAUCGUGUGAGGCUGGAAACCUUCAGUUCAGUUUGCACAGGGUGGUGGUGGUCUUGCAAUGGGGAAUCAGAAUGGGACCCUUGGGAGCGAUUACUACAACCGGUCCCGCAGCGAGCACGCCGCUUCUAGGUACGCCGACGCGCACCUCGAGGAGGACGACUACUCGGACUUGAAGAAGUUCGAGAAGCCCUGGCCUGCGUUCAAGCCCACCACCACCGCCGGUGUUCUGAGGCAAGGGUUGGACCCGACGUCUAUCUCCGUGCUCGGGCGCAAGACAGCGGACCUGAGGGAGCAUUACAUCCUCGGCCGGAGGCUCGGGCAGGGCCAGUUCGGGACGACCUACCUCUGCACCGAGAUAAGCACGGGGUGCGAGUACGCGUGCAAGACCAUCCUCAAGCGCAGGCUCAUCGCCAAGGAGGAUGUCGAGGAUGUGCGGCGUGAGAUCCAGAUAAUGCACCAUUUGUCGGGGCAUAAGAAUGUUGUUUCGAUUAAGGAUGUCUACGAGGACGGGCAGGCGGUGCACAUUGUGAUGGAGCUCUUGGCUGGUGGGGAGCUCUUUGACCGGAUUCAGGGGAAGGGGCAUUACACCGAGCUUGAGGCUGCAGGGCUCAUAAGGAUUGUUGUUAGCAUUGUGGCUAUGUGCCAUUCACUUGGGGUCAUUCACCGUGAUCUCAAGCCAGAAAAUUUCCUCCUUUUGGAUAAAGAUGAUGACCUGUCAAUUAAGGCUAUUGACUUUGGUCUAUCCGCUUUCUUCAAACCAGGUGAGGUUUUCAGUGAGCUGGUUGGGAGCCCAUAUUACAUCGCCCCUGAGGUAUUGUACAAACGUUAUGGACCAGAAUCUGAUGUGUGGUCAGCUGGAGUGAUACUCUAUGUACUAUUGAGCGGGGUUCCACCAUUUUGGGCAGAGACACAACAAGGAAUAUUUGAUGCAGUUCUUAAGGGGCACAUUGAUUUUGUGUCAGACCCUUGGCCUAAAAUAUCUGACAGUGCAAAGGAUCUUAUAAGAAAGAUGCUCUGUCAUUGUCCUUCAGAGCGUUUGACAGCCCAUGAAGUGUUACGGCAUCCUUGGAUCUGUGAAAAUGGUGUGUCCAGUGAUCAUGCUUUGGAUCCUAGUGUUAUCUCUCGGCUCAAGCAGUUUUCUGCAAUGAACAAUCUGAAGAAGCUGGCUCUCAGAGUGAUAGCUGAGCGUCUUUCAGAAGAGGAGAUUGCUGGGUUAAGAGAAAUGUUCAAGGCAGUAGACACCAAAAGUAAAGGUGUAAUCACUUUUGGUGAGCUUAGAAAAUGUUUAACAGGAUAUGGCAAUGAAUUGGAGGAUACCGAGCUUAGUAAUAUAGUGGAAGCGGAUGAUAAAGACAAUGACAUAACCAUCAAUUAUGAAGAAUUUAUUGCUGCAACUAUGCCUCUUAACAAGAUUGAACGGGAAGAGCACUUGAUGGCGGCUUUUACAUAUUUUGACAAAGAUGGUAGUGGUUAUAUCACAGCCGACAAGCUUCAACGAGCUUGUGGAGAAUAUAACAUGGAGGGAACUUUUCUUGAAGAGAAUAUUUUAGAGGUCGACCAAAACAAUGAUGGUCAAAUUGAUUAUGCUGAAUUUGUAGCCAUGAUGCAAGGCAUCUGCUAUACUGGACUUGGGUGUCGAGCAACGGAAACCAGUCUGAAUGUAACCUUGAGAGAUGCAGCUCAAGUACAUUGAUGUACAGAUUGUGUUCUCUUCUCUUGUUCAUUAUCUCGUCACAACCCAAAUUGGGUUGUUGACAGUUGACAUGUAUCGAAGUACGAGAAGAGAACGAGUCGAUUCUUUUAGCGGUAUCUAUGGGAAAUAAACUGGGCUAGUUAGUAGUAUGGUCAUUGUGAGAGACAGCAUUGUGGGGUAGCAUAUAUGUAGUACUGGUGGUGUAUUGGUUCAUGUGGCUGCGAGACUGGGCUAGCAGUUGAAAAUACGAGAGGAAAUGCGGCCUGUUCGUUUGUUCUUUGUGGGAUCAGUUUGUGUGCAAUGAAA